AAAGACUGUUUCUCCCAACCACGGCGGUUUAGGCCAUUAUUUUGAAAUUCCUGGCCGGCUCUAGUCAAGAUGUCGUCGGAUGAGAUUGUCUGGCAGGUUAUCAACCAGCAAUUCUGUUCCUAUAAACUAAAAACAACCAAAGGCCAAAAUUUCUGCCGAAACGAAUACAAUGUCAGCGGUCUCUGCAACCGCCAGUCCUGCCCGCUGGCCAACUCCCGCUAUGCUACAGUGCGGUCGGAUCCCGAAACGGGCGUGAUGUACCUCUACAUGAAGACCGUGGAACGCGCGCACAUGCCCAGUAAAUGGUGGGAACGGAUAAGGCUGUCGUCGAACUACGCAAAGGCGCUGGAGCAGCUUGACGAGCGACUGAUCUACUGGCCUAAGUUUCUGGUACACAAGUGCAAGCAGCGUCUUACGAGGCUGACGCAGGUGGCUAUUCGCAUGAAGAAGCUGGCUAAAGAGGAGGAGAGACUGGGGGAGAAGAUUGUGCCGAAGAUGGCGCCUAAGAUUCGGCGGAGAGAGGAAACCCGUGAGCGCAAGGCUGAAUCAGCAGCUAAGGUUGAGCGGGCGAUUGAGAGAGAGCUUAUUGAGAGAUUGCGCAGUGGUGCGUAUGGUGAAGCGCCGCUGAACGUGGAGGAGGGUAUCUGGAAGAAGGUGCUUCGCGGCCUGGAGCGCGCGGGCGAGGGUGAGCGUGACGAGGAUCUCGAUGAUGGAGAGUUAGAGGAGGAGGAAGAGGGUGUUGGUGAGGUUGAGUACGUUAGCGAUCUUGAUGAGGAGGAGGAUCUGGAAGAUAUUGAAGAUUGGCUGGGUGCGGAGUCGGGUGACUCAAGUGAUGACUAUGACGACGAGGAUGAUGAGGAUGAGGGCAGUGAUGAAGAGAGCGACGAAGAAGAUGCUAGCGAGCACAGCGAGGAUGAGAAGAAGAAGCCUGCGCCUGGCUUCAAGAGGAAGCGCCCUGCUCCCCAGGCUAAGCCCCGGAAGAAGGGUCCUCGGAUUGAGAUCGAGUACGAAACCGAGGGCGCUGGCAAGGAGAAUCUCUUCGCCUAAGACAGAGACCUUUCUUGAAUUUUGGAAACCCCGACCCAAAAAGCAAAAAGCAUUCUGGUCUGUUGUAUUUUGCACGGCGUUGUCUGGUUGUUGUCUCUGAAGUCACAUCUGCUACGAUCGGGCGUCAUACCCAGUCUCUGCAUAGUUUACAAACAAUUUUCCUGAUCCUGCGGAUUUAAU